AUGCCAGGAAUCUCGCCAACCCAUCGACAACCCCAAGCAUCAAGCAAAACGAGCACUGCCCCAGAUGUUCACCCGGUGGAUGUUCCCCCAAACGGCGGCUACGGCUGGAUCUGCGUCGCCGCCGUCGCAACAAUAAACGGGCACACCUGGGGUCUCAACUCCGCCUACGCCAUCUUCCUCGCCCACUACCUCUCCACGUCCACUUUCCCAGGUGCCACACCCCUCCAAUACGCCUUCAUCGGCGGCCUCUCCAUCUCGCAAGCCCUCAUCGUCUCCCCGGUAGCAACGUACACAACGCGUCGCUUCGGCACCCGCACCACGCUCUUCAUCGGCGUAUUCUUCGAAACCGUGUCCUUCAUCGGUGCGAGCUUCGCGUCGUCCAUCUGGCACCUCUUCCUCUCCCAAGGCGUGUGUUUCGGGUGGGGAAUGGGUUUCCUUUUCGUAGGCUCCGUGGGCAUUGCUGCGCAGUGGUUUACCACACACAGGAGUCUGGCGAAUGGGUGUUGUGCGGCGGGGAGUGGGCUCGGGGGGCUGAUAUACAGUCUAGCGGCACAGGCGAUGAUUAGGGAUAUUGGGUUGCCGUGGGCUUUUCGCACGCUGGCGGUUAUUGCGGGGGUCGUGAAUAGUGUUUGUGCGUUGGUGAUUCGGGAUCGGAAUAAGGAGGUUGGGAGUAGGCAGGUCAGCUUCGACACCACCCUCUUCCGCAAACCCCAAUUCAUAGCCCUCCUCGCCUUCGGCGUCCUCAGCAUGCUCGGCUACAUCGUCCUCCUCUUCUCCCUCCCCUCCUACGCCCGCACCAUCGGUCUAACCGCCCAACAAGGCAGCAUCAUCGGCGCCGUCUUCAACCUCGGCCAAGCCCUCGGUCGUCCGCCGAUAGGCUACUUCUCAGACUCUAUCGGGCGGUUGAACAUGGCGGGCAGCAUGACAUUUCUGGUCGGAGUGUUUUGUCUCUUAAUCUGGAUCUUUGCAAAGAGCUUUGGCGUAUUGGUUUUCUUUAGCCUGGUGGGCGGGAUGGUGGCGGGCACAUUUUGGGCGACGGCUGCGCCGGUUACGACAGAGGUUAUGGGGUUGAGGGAUUUGCCGAGUGCGUUGAGUAUUACUUGGCUGGUACUUGUGUUGCCUACUACCUUUUCGGAACCAAUCGGCCUUGAGAUCGUCGCUUUCAACGGGGGGAGCUACACCGGGGCCAUCCUCUUCACGGGUUGGAUGUACAUUGGAGCCGCGGUCUGUCUGUGGAUGGUAAGGACAUGGAAGAUUGGUGAGGAUGAAGAGAACGCUGCGGCAGCUGCGAAGCGUGAUGUUGACCCGAAUCCGGCUGAGGCCGGGAGCUUUCAACGGAGCCCGUUCGUAAAGAGGAUGUUUAUGAUUCGGAAAGUCUAA